UCAUUAGAUUUAGCGCCUGCAACAGUUUCUUAACAACAAACCUCUGUUUAUUUAUUGUUACUGUAUUUUACCUUGAUUAUUUUUGUUAUAAUUAUCCUUUCGUUUCAAAUAAAAAGGCCUAAUCUUCAAAUUAAAAAAUGCGCAGAAGAAAGCGGUUACGUGGCGACUCUGCCUCAGAGGAAAGCGAAAACUCAGUUGGAAAUGAAAGUGAUGAAGAGCAAGAGCAACCAACACGUAUGACACGUAGAUCUGCAGCUUCAUCUUCCACUAGUACUAUAACUCAAAAAGAUUCACCUCCAACAAAACGAAGAAGAGUAAUAAAAGAAUCAAGUCAGUCAGAAUCUGAUUCAGAAGAAAUAGCAGAUGUUUUAGGUAAAUCUGAAACUAGAGGCAAGUCAACUCAAAGAGGGAAAGCUGCUAAAAACAGUGGUAAAAAAUCAACAUCCAAAGCAAAGCUUUCAUUUGUUGUAAAUGAUGACUGCAAUGGUGAUAUAGACUCAGAAGAUGGCAACUCUCUGAUGGGUUUUACUGAGAGACGUGCUACCCCUAAAACAAACUAUGAUGAGACAAGUGCACAUUGCCCACUACCUGGCUGUGAUUCAAAAGGUCACCUUAGUGGCAGACAUGAAUCUCACAGGACAUUAACCUCUUGCCCCUUGUUUCACAACACUACGGCAGAAGAAUGCAAGAAUCGUUAUGAGAACAGGCUGAAGAAUGUUGAAGACCGAAAGAAAGUUGUAGCUGAAUUAAAAGAUAGAAGAGGGCUAAGACACCAGACCUUAAGUGAGUCCCAGAAGUUAAAAUUUGAUAAAAUAACCAAAGCUCGCAGUAAAAGGCCUGAAAUAACAGAAGAAAUGAAAGAAAAACAUAGAAAACACAAGGAAGAAUUUGGCAACACAAGACAACCACUUAUUAGUGGAUUGACCUCAGAAUAUGAUUAUGAAUUAUUUAAAGAAGCACAGUCAAGGGCCUGUGAAUUACUGAAAGGAUUGGGAAUGUAUUCCUUCUCCUUAUGCCAACAGGAGCACCAGAUAACACAGCACUACGCCAAGUCAGACCUACAAGAAUAUAGAAUUAAAAAGUUAGAGAUAGGAUGCUUUGAAAUCAAUACUUGGUAUUCAUCUCCAUACCCUGAGGAGUAUGCUAGGCUUCCCAAGAUCUACCUUUGUGAAUUUUGCCUCAAAUACAUGAGAACGGCAACAAUAUUGAGGAGGCAUAUGGCCAAGUGUUUAUGGAGACAUCCACCAGGAGAUGAAAUUUACAGAAAAGGGAAUAUUUCAUUUUUUGAAGUAGAUGGGAAAAAGAAUAAGGUUUAUUGCCAGAAUCUCUGUCUAUUAGCUAAACUGUUUUUGGACCACAAGACUCUGUACUUUGAUGUAGAACCAUUUCUUUUUUAUGCCAUGACAGAAAAUGACUCCAAUGGUUGUCAUUUAGUUGGCUACUUUUCCAAGGAAAAAAACUCCUUCCUGAAUUAUAAUGUGUCCUGCAUCUUGACUCUGCCUCAGUAUAUGAGACAAGGCUUUGGGAAAAUGCUUAUUGAUUUUAGUUAUCUUUUAAGUAAAGUAGAAGAAAAAGUUGGUUCACCAGAGCGUCCUUUGUCAGACCUUGGUCUGCUUUCCUAUAGAAGCUAUUGGAAAGAUGUCCUCCUUGAGUAUCUGCAUAAAUACAAAGGCCAGGAGAUUUGCAUCAAAGAUGUGAGUCAAGAGACCGCAAUUAAUGCUAAUGAUAUUGUCAGUACUUUACAAGCGCUGGGCAUGUUAAAAUACUGGAAGGGAAAACAUCUUGUCCUUAAAAAACAGGAUUUGAUCGAUGAGUUUCUGGAGAAAAAGGCAAAUCGUCCUGUGGAGUUUGCCAGCAAGGUUAUUGACCCAACUUGUUUAAAGUGGACACCACAUAACAAAAGAGACUCUCCAACUUGAAAGGAUAUGUGUACAUUGUAGCUUGUAUUUUCUUUAGAAUGUCUAGAAAAUCUCUGAAGUAAGGUCAAUGAUGUAAUAGUUGCACUUCAGGUUUAUAUAAACUUCAUUCUGGUUUGUAAAUAUGGUCUCAUACUUUUUAUGGCUCUAAUUUUGAAUGUUCUAUCUCACAAGAGUGUAUCACAUUGUGUUUGUCCCAUGCACUAGCUUCCUGUCAGGAUUUUUGUCAAGCUUCUACUGUACCAGUAGUUCUGGUCUCCAAGUGAUAUUUUCCUCACAUACAUACAUACAUCACAGAAACUUGAAUGUUCUCAAACAAUGGACCUGCUGAUGAUCAUAAUGAGCCCUAGCCUGGGAAAGUAAAGACCACAUGGCAUAAUGUUGACCACACUUCAUCAGCCCUAUCAACCAGAUAUGUACACAGGGAUUUUAUAGUAGUAUACACUUUGAAAUACUUCAUUUUACAUUCUUUGAAUUAAUGUUGUUUAGUUAAUUUUUUUAGGCUGAAUAAUGCUUAUUUUACAACAAAACUUAUUCAAUUAAAUUUGUUGAACAGUAUCAAUAUAAUGCAAUUAAAUAAAAAUCUUUCUGUAAAACAGCCGUAUAUAACCUAGAAGAAAUCUUCUAUUGAGGGAAAUAGCAAGCAGAAGAUAGUAUACUUUUAAGCAACAUUUUACAAUUCACUCUUAGCUUUUUUCCCACUAAUGCUGCAACCAUUUUUUAAGUUAAAAUUGAAAUAAAUAACUUGUAAUUUUCACUUUGGAACUUGUUCAGAGUGCUUGUUCCAAGACUUUCUGUCUUCAUCCUAACUAUGCCUGCUGCUUUUGUUUUGAAACAUCCAUUGCUGAUGCUGCAUAGUGAUAAACACAUGUGUCUGUCAUCAGAUCUAGUAUAGUGAUAAAACAAGAUAACAUUGAAAUAGUUGAGUGCCCUAAAGUAAAACUUUAUUAGACCUUCUAGUGUCCAGAUUACCUCCAGGAUUCUAGCCACCUUAAGGCUGCAGUAGUAACCAUUUGUAUUUUUGUGUUGGCUAACUAUCAGUUGCUGUCCAGUGUACAGAUCAUUUUUUAUUAUUUUUUUUCUCAUUUUUUUUAUUACCUUCAAUGAUGACUCCAACAAUUGCAAUAUUAAUAUGGUUUAUUUGUACUUGUUUUUUUUACCACUGUACACAAUUCUUACAUCAAAACUACACAUCCAUUUGACUUGAACUAUCUGUGUAGUCCUUAGGUACAAUGUUCUUACAUCAAAACUACACAUCCAUUUGACUUGAACUAUCUAUGUAGUCCUUAGAUGCAAUGUACUUACAUCAAAACUACACAUCCAUUUUAUUUGAACUAUCUGUGUAGUCCUUAGGUGCAAUGUUCUUCUCAUACAGGAUCUAUACUAAAUAAGUUGUCUUCUAAAAACAUUUCACUAUACAGUACUUUGGACUGUUGUAGUGUUAAAAUCAUACUAAAUAUGUGGAGAAAUCAUUUCUUUUUCUAAUUCAUUUUUAUACAAUUCACUUUAUAAAUAUUUUGGUAUGAAGUGCAACUAUUAAAAUAUAACAUUGAAGGAUUU